GCCUAUGUGCGCUGUACGCGUAUGUGUGACUAAAGAGGUAAGACAAGCGGGAAAGCAACAGGUAUAGCCAACGGACAAAAAGCCGGGUCGGUGUGAGUCGAGAUUUUGAUGGCGGGCGUACUACCCAACCCACCCACCUUGAUCGCCCGCUGGGAAGGGAGGCUCGGGCUUAGGGCUUACGUCCCAAAACUACCGUCCGAUGUCGAGCGUGACGCAAGGGCCAACGACAUCGCACCACAUCGCACCAUAGUACCUGCUCAACGAGACAAGAAGCCAACCACGGGUGGACAGAGAUAUGAGCGAUGCUAGUGAUAAUAACGACAACGAUGAUUGACGGACGGACAGGGAGCAUGCAUGGCAAUAGCGGUGGUGACACAGACCAUGAUUGCCAGCAGCCAGUGAAUCAAUUCCUCUCGCCGAUCCCGGGGACAAGGACAUGGGCAGCGAAAGACAGCGCGAGCGUGCCGGUCCCCGGAUACCGAGAAGGCAAGGGAGGUUUGGCAUUGGCAACUUGGCUCAACCUAGGUGCCAAGUGGGAGCGAGUCGAAUGGACUCUUCUUUUAGUGCCACGGCUGAAACCCAAGUCCCGUGGGAAGAUACUGCAGGCACGCAGCGCAGGCAGGCACCUACCAGUGCUGCACCGCAUGGCCGGGCUUGCGUCAGUCUGCCCUGUCUCUUUGACAUAUCUGUCCGUUUUUCUGACCGUCUGUCGGAGGCAGGUGGGACCUACUUGCAACACUAGGCUAGAAGGAGGGGGUGUUGUGAGGGAGAGGCAUGGAAAACAUGGAAAACAUGGCAAAGAUGAAGUAAUGGAUGGGUGCUUGGAUGAAUGCAGUAAGCCGGACAGGCCGCCGGUUCCUGACCGCCCCGUCGACCUGCAGAGCGUGGAAUCCCUGAGCGGCCAUUGGCCCGUUGCCCUGCAAGGCGGGAGGAUCGUUCACCGGCCGAUCGGUCAAGGUGCCUGCCUCAUGGCAUCUUUUUUCUCGGGUUUGGUGUGGUGAGGGCUGUGAGGGCUGUGCGGCUUGGGAUGAGAGAGACGGGUGGGGGUGCUGAGUGAGGGCGUGACAAAGAGGCUCAGCACUAGGGCAGGCAGCACGAGGAUGGGAUGACCUCGAGAGUCAAAAAAAAACAAGAGACU